GCCCGGCACACCCCGUACCUAGCUGCCGCUCCUUCUCCAGCACGGCGAAGCCGAGCGCGGGGUGCCUCAGGACGAGCUGCCGGGCGGCGGCCAGCCCCACGAUCCCCGCACCGACCACCGCCACGUCGAAGGUGCUACAAAAACAAGGGGCGCCGAUGCUGUUGGGAAAACUCGCGCAGCCGGCGCGCAGCCUGGGCGAGCGGCUGUCCCCGGGCGCUUGCAGACACUUCUGGGGCUGGCUGAACGCCGUGUUCAACAAGGUGGACUAUGAGCGCAUACAGGCUGUUGGGCCCGACAGGGCAGCUUCAGAGUGGCUGCUGCGGUGCGGAGCAUUGGUGCGCUAUCAAGGCUAUGAGAAAUGGCAGCAGGACUACAACGGGCUCCCGACUGGGCCCUUAGGGAAAUACAAGAUAGAAGCAAUUAAUGCCACUGAGUCUUGCAUCAUGCACAGAGGAUUUGACUACUUGGAGGGUCUUGAACAUGUUACUGAAAUCAAGCUGCAGAAGUGUAUUUAUGUACAGGAUGAGUGUCUGCAGAGGCUCAGUGAGACUAAGAACCUACAGAAGAGUCUCCAGCAGCUGAAGAUCAUUUCCUGUGGGAAUGUAACAGAUAAAGGCAUCAUUGCACUUCACAAGCUGACGAACCUUGAAUAUUUGUAUCUGAGUGACCUUCCUGGAAUAAGACAGAAAGAAACUACUGCUCGUGUCCUUCAGCAGGCACUGCCAAACCUAGAGCUGGAGCUGGAUCUGGACUAAAUGCAAUUCCACGUAAUUGAGGGGUAUUGGAUUUCACCACAUAUUUAUCACAUGUUGCAUAAAUUAAGUUGUGGAUGCUGCUGUAUUUACAGGUAUGGAAUUAAACCCAGAUCUCACAAUCCACCUUUAAAAGCCGUAUGCAGUCUUUGAACAAAUUAUGCAAUUAAAUUUCAUUAAGCUUCAA